AUGUGGGCAGAGAAUGCCAUUGGUGACCCGCGGUCCUUCCCUCCUCCACGAAACCUUCUAGAUUCCUCAAAGCCCUUUGGCGGCCCUACCUCUGUGGGGCCUCCAGCUCUUUUCAGCCUCUCAGCCUCCAACCCUUCUUCCUCCGGCUCUGGCUGGUUCUCCAUCGAGCUGAUCAAGGACCUGGUCAACUACGACGUGUGCCCGGCGCUGCUCAAGGGUCUCAUGGCGCUGCUGAUACCGUCCUUCGAGGAGACCAGCAAACAGCAGUCCCAGAUCGUCAGCGACUCUUCGGUUCUGCAGCUCACCGCCCACCUGCCGUUGUUCUUGCAGCAGGCCGCGGCCGCCAAGGCCAUCGGGAUCCUGGCGCGAGGCAACACGAGCCUAGCUGAGGAGAUGCUGCCCCUGCGCGUGGUGCACAGCCUCGUGGCCGCCAUGGGCAACGUGGACCACAGCAACAGCCAGCGGCAGGCCAGCCUCACGCUAGAGUACUUUGUGCAGUUAUUCCCAGUGGUGGAGGAGCACGUGCGCAGGUCCAUGGGGGAGGAACUCUACAAGCUCUUCCGUAGCAACGCCGAGGACUUGUACGUGAAAAUAGAUAGCAUUCAGGAGGACAUCUUGGCGGCCAACAAAGUCAAUGUCACCAAAGAGCUGUAUCUCAGUGGCCUCUCCGACAGCACCAUGAGCUUUUACUUUGGCCAUUGUAAUCAGGGUCAGGUGGCCUACAUCACACACUUCCAGAAGGAGGCUGUGGAAGAAAAGGAGUAACAGAGCCUCCAAGGCAAGCCAGGAAGCCAAGGCUGUGUGGCAGGGAAGCCUGGCAGAAGGAAGGAGCCAGGGCCAAGCUCCGGUUGACUCCUCUUGGCCCUUGGUGGGAGGCUGGGGUUCUGCCCGCCAGAAGGGGAAAAGGAGAGCUGGCUGGGAAGGGUUCAAUAAACAAACAGUCUUGCUAUC